CUCGGAGAAAAAAACACGGGCCGCUGGCCGCAGAGAGAGAGAGCGAGCGCAAGAUUGUGCCGUGCGAGAGCCGAGUGGAGCGGUCUCAGGUAGCACAGUGAGUCACUGACACGGGUAGAUGCUGCAGAGCCAAGCAGACAAUGAAUUUUGCAGAAAAGAAUGAAGAGCCUGGAUUCAGAGCACCAUUCAGAGGUCUAAACCCGUCAGUCAGCAAGGAUGAAGAGUUGAGAAAAGGAAUGCCUGUGUCAGAAGUGAAUGUCGAUGUGGUCAAGACAGAAGUAAUUGUGAAGGAUGAUGACGAUGUGGGUGGUUUUAGUCCAGAAGGAGCAGCCGAGACCAGAAAUGUACAAGAUGUAGCAAAACAGAAACAGAUGCAGAAUGGUUUUGGUGAGCUGAUGACAGAACAUGAUAACCCAAUCUUCUUCAAAAGGAGGAGAAUCAACUGUGAGGACAUGUUGGCAAGUUUCAGGGGCACAAACUCUGUGGUGCCUUCGCAGAGAUUCCUGGAAGGCGUAAGCAAGGCCAAGGACGCCAGUUCAGCUCUCUUGAUGGAAAACGAAGACACUCUACAAGCCAGACACUCAUUCAGGAAGCCCUUGUAUAGCAUCGCGCAUAAAAUAUCAGACCGACGGAGCGUGCAAGUUGUGGACCAACACACGUCAGCUGAGGUUUCAGACAGACCUUACCUCAACAGUCUCUUAGAGCAGCGAAACCUUACCGAUGCUCACAAGAAUUAUUCUUCCACCCUGUCGGCCCAUGUUGCUGAAGGCGACUCGACCCUCUACUCCUUAAUCCACAAAAUGUUUUUCACUCUCAACACUUUGAACUCCACCAUGACCCAGCUGCACAGCAAAAUUGACUUGCUGUCAUUAGAGGUGAGCAGAAUUAAAAAGCAUGUGAACCCUGGGGAAUCUGUGGUGGAGUUCUUGCCACCCGCAGAGUACCAGCUCAACAACGCUGAACUGAAGCAGGUCCUGGACCAGAGCUCCUCGCCCGGAGACUUUGCCUGCCGUUUACUCGUGCAGCUCUUUCCAGAGCUCUUCACCGAAGAUGAGGUCAGCAGGGUUUGCAAUGUCUGCAGGACCGCAUCCGAGAAGAAACUGGAUACCCUUCACCUGCAGCUCAUCAGAAACUACGUUGAUGUCUGCUACCCGUCGGCCAGGAAUGGGAACAUCUGGCAGGUAGAGUGCUUGCCGCAGAUCAGCGACUUUUUCAACAGGUUUUGGGCACAGAGGGAAAUGGAGAAUAGUCAGCAGAGUGCCACCGUAAUCAACUUUUAUCAGGCAGACCAAGCCUUGGAGCAGCCUCAGCCUAACUGCUACAUCGAUGACAAUGCAGAAGAUGAAGGACUGUCCAUGGAUUCCUUCAGCAGCCUAAGCUCAGAGUUGGUUUUGGAUCCUCAGGAAGUGAGUGAGUACCUGGAGGAAGCUUCGUCUGCUGGAGAGUUUGCCACUUUGCUGGUCCAUCGGUUUUUCCCUGAGCUAUUUAGCGCAAGAAGUUUGGCAUCACAGUUCAGCUGUUACGGGUCAUCUGAAAAGCAGGCGCUUGAUCCACAGAGGAUGCAGGUUGUCCGGAAGUACACAGAGAUCUACUUUCCGGAUGUGCAGGACGACAAGGUCUGGACGCAGCAGGUCGUCCAGAAGCUGGAUGAAGAACUGACGAGUGUCCACUCUGAUGGGAGUGAGCCCGACGUGUACAGGAACGAGAGCCGCUGCUCCUCCAACAUCUCCGCGGUCGGAGGCAGUGAGAGCUUCGAUUUUGAUAAAUCCUCGCAGAAGCUGAAGAAAGUCUGGCUGAAGCCCGUCGACUUUAACAGCCUCGUGAUAUCCCCUCCAGACUUUGAAGUGCGUAGCCCAGAGCACAUCCUCGACAAGCACCAGCUGAAAAACAUUUACGAGAGCAGCCUGUCCAUGGGUAAUUUUGCCUCCCGCUUGUUGGUGAGGCUCUUCCCUGAGCUCUUCACUCUGGAUAACCUGAGGAAACAGUACAAUUGCAGUGGCUCCCUCGGCAAGAAGCAGCUGGACCCAGUGCGGAUUAAAAUCAUCCGGCACUAUGUGCAGUUGCUGUACCCCAGCGCCAAGUGUGACAAGAUAUGGAACCAGGAGUUUGUACCGAAGCUGGAUGAGAGGUGCCGGCGUAGAGACACCGAGCAAAGGCGCAUCUACCAGCAGCAAAGGAAGAAAUCCAUCAUCUGUAGUGAAAGAGAGGAGCCAGUAGUUUCAGCAGUCCAGCCAGAGCACGUUAGAGCGGAAGCAGUGCAGGCAACACCAGAGAGAACAGAACGCUACAACAGAAACUUUUGCAAAGUUGCACUCAGCGAACUGAACAUCCCUGCUGUCAAUUUCCCAGUAUCAAAUGAAUAUUUACUCCCCACAAAAGAUUUAAAGGAAAUAGUGCAGGACAGUCUGUCAGUUGGGAACUUUGCUUCCCGACUUCUUGUCAGGAUCUUCCCAGAGCUGUUUACCCCUGAAAAUCUCAGACUGCAGUACAACCACUCGGGCGCAUGCAACAAGAAGCAGCUGGACCCGGUCCGCUUGAGGCUCAUUCGGCACUAUGUGGAAGCGGUUUACCCCCGGGCCAAGAGCGAUCAAGUUUGGCAGCUGGAGUGCAUACCGAGUAUCGAUGAGAGAUGCAGGCGGCCGGACAGGAGCAAGUGCAAGAUUAUGAAGAAGUCCAAGAAUAAGAAAAGUUAAACAUUCUCUCAGUAAUCUUUAGAAGUAUCAAAUUGGGUUUUUAAUGAGCUUUACCACAAGAUAAUGACUCACUUGCUAAGUUUACCACAGGCGCAGAUAAGCUAGAAAUAUUUUUUAAAACUUCAAAAGAACCGUAAGUGCCAGCUCAAUGGAGAACACACAUUUGGAGUUCCCACCUCUCUGAUUAUUUCAUUUGGAGUUCCCACCUCUCUGAUUAUUACGUUUGAUUUCUUUUUUUUUGUUGGUGCACCCAGAGCAAAACCAUAAACAAGGGAUAAUCUACCUUUUUAGUUGAUUCGGUCAAGGAAGAUGAGGUUUUAUUCCGCCUAUCCAAGAGUGGAGUUAACCCCUCAUCAAGAACUGUGGUGUUUCUGUUAAACUCCACUGAGAAGGGGAUCAGCAAUUGUGGGGAAAAUGAGCGAGGUCCAUGGAAACGGCUCCCAGCAGCACACACAAAGUCCUCAGCAGCUCAGGCAGCGUUUAUGGUGGGGAAUGAGCAACUUGCGUUUCAGGGUGAGGCCCUUCAUCAUGACUGAAAGGAGCGGGGAAGAAUAUUCAAGGAGGGGAAGGAGCACACGCUGGCAGGUGAUGAGUAAAGCCGGGGGAAGUAAGGAGCUAGGAGGUCAUAGGUGGAAGAGGUGAAGGGCUGAAGAAGAAAGAAUCUAAUAGGAGAGGAGGGUGGAUCAAGGAAGAAGGAGGAGCACCAGAGGGAGGUGAUAGGUGGAUGAGGAAUAUUGAAUGGAUGAGAGGGGUACCAGAAUAGGGAAGAGGGCAGAAAUUACCUGAAGUUUGAGAAAUUGAUGUCCAUUCCAUCAAAUUGGAAGCUGCUUUGACAGAAUAUGAGGUGUUGCUCCUCCAUCCUGAGUUUGGCUUUUUCAUGGCAAUAGAAAAGACUUUAUUUCAUAAUAUCUUCCCCUUCCCCUUUCUCUUUUUCCCCUUUUCCCCAUUCUAGUUACCCUCACACCUGUUCUUCUUACCUGCCCAUCAUCUCCUUCUGGUUCCCCUCUUCCCUUUUCUUCUACGAUUCUCUCCUAUCAGAUUCCUUCGUCAGCCCUUUACCUCUUCCACCUAUCUCCACCCAGCUUCUUACUUCAUACCCACUCCACCCAGCUUCCCCAUCUCCUGGUCUCUGACCAAUCCCCUGUCAGUUUAGCUUAUGCUCCAUCUCCUCCCCUUCCUCCACCUUAUUCUGGCGACUUCCCCUUUCAUUUCCAGUCCUGAUGAAGGAUCUCGGCCCAAAACGUCGACUGUUUAUUCCUCUCCAUAGGUACUGCCUGACCUGCUGAAUUUCUCCAGCAUUUAGAGUGUGUUGCUAUGGAUAUGCUACAGUUCUCCUGCUGUAGCAGUGGUCUACAUUGGGAACAACAGUUGUUACGGCUCCGGUUACCAUGGUGCAGAUUUUUGAUUUGCACUGUAUCCUUUUUAGGACAAGGAGAGGUGUGAUAUGCCAGUGUGUGUUUGUUGAUCCUUGUUUCUGUGAUUCUGAGGAGCAAAAAUGAAAAGCUGAUCUGGAAAGAUUUGUUUCUUUGGAAAUAUCAGCAACUUGUGGAGGCUAGUCUAACAAUGCUUGUUUCCAUGGAAACAGCGUAAGGUGAGGCCUGUUAAAGCUACUCGUUUCCAUGGAGACAGUGGUGAACUCCUCCCCCACCCCAUUGUACCUUACAACUGAAAGCCUGGUACUGGAGAAGUACUUGACAGUUCUCUAGGAGGUUGUGAAGUGAAAACGGUGACGAAACCAUGUUAAUAUCCUUUCUCUUUACUCCGACACAUCACAAACAUGGGCAAUUGUUCGUGGCCCUUGCCACCUUAUUGAUAACCCCAUUGCAAAGACCAUAGUAAACAUUUAUUGCUCAGGUGGAGGCAACUUGCUAUCUGAAGUAACACCAGUGUCUCAUUCCCAGCCACCAGACCAUGCCUUUGUCUGGGCUUUGGAAAACUUCAUUGAUUUCAAUUGAAGAGUACUGGUCAUCAGGUCCUUUUUAGGACACUGAGGUUUUCCCUUUCUUUCACUCCUCCAGGUAGUGCCUGUGUCCUGCUUUUUUUGUUCACUGUUUUUAAGAAAAUGGUACCUACUAAACUGUAAAGAAAGAACAUUUUGGGAUGGAAACUGCUAAUAUCCAAGGUACUUGGUUCCCAGUUUCCCAGUUGGCACUCAUCGGUUUGUACUAAUUGUUUACUCAAAACAAACUUAAUAAAAAUGAAAUAUACAAAAGUUAUUAUAUACCAAAGCUGCCAGUAAUAAACCAGCAUCCUUGAGACUAAUUUAUAGAUUUUAAUACUGAAGGUCCUUAAUGUUAGUGCUUUUACAAAGACUUGUAAUCUGAGUGUUUAUUUUUAGUUGAUUUAUUUGUCAUACCCAACACAAAUUUUAUAAUUUAAUUAUCACUUGACAUUUGGAUAUACUACAUUUUGCUUUUGUAUAUUUGUGUAUGUCUCUUAUCUAUAAUCAACUCAUGGAAAUAUUGUUUUAAUAGACUUAUUGCUGACGUAAAAAAUACAUAUUGGAAAUGACCAAUUUUAAUUGUACAUUUCCUCUAGGAACUGUGAACAUAUAGCAAAGUCCUCUGUGGUUGUCUCAGUAUAAAAAUACAACACAUGUAACAUGAUUUUCCUUUAUAUAUAAAAAAGAUGAAAUUAUUGUCUACAGAAAAUAUUGUUGAUACAACUUUUUCAAAUUGGUAGACUAGGAUUUUUGGAAUACUUUAGGUAAAACAUGGACACCAUCAACUCACCUUUUCACUACAAUCCUUCAAUCCUUUUCUCCAAACUGUGCCUGAAUGUCUGCUAAACCUUUAUAGCUGAGAUCUUUCAGUGAUCCUUGGUAAUAUUGUCAAAAAAUACCACCCUUUUGGGUUUACUGAUGUUUAUUGUCUUGGCCUCUCGUUCUUAACUUCCUGAUUAAAAUAUACCUUGAUACUUGAGGAAGUGUGAUAAAGAAUUUGCUUGGGUUUCAAUUUUCUUAUAAACUUUUAAAAUUCUGAUUGUAUCUUUUAAAAACUUUGUA